GCCACGUGCAAACCGACGGAUUCGAGGGUGUGAAGGCCGGAACUGCGAAUUCGAGAAGCAGAGAGGCAUCGGUCACUCUCUGCGUCGCAGAUUGCCAUGCGUCCGAGCCGUCUGGCUGAUCUGGGCAGCCGUGUCGCGAGCGGCGAGGUUGAGAAAAGAUAGCGAGACGUGCUCGCAUACUCGUCCAACGUUUCUGCACGAGAAUGUAGAAUUCAGCUGUGAAUCUCCAUGACGUUUGUGCUGCCGCAUCGGGCCAACGCAUUUUCCGUUCUUUCUGGGCUUCGCAGGAACAGUCGUCCCUCUGCUGUUGCGCUCGCAAGUCGAGGCCAACACGGCUUUCUACACCAAUCACGCAGUCGCGCGGCCCACACGAAGGUUCUUUGCCCGAGAGAGCGACUUGCUUUGCAUUCGCGCCGUGGAGAAACAACGGAGGCAGAAAGCAGUGAACAUAAUCCGCAAACACCUUCUGUCGGCGGGUGGGGAAGUCGAAAAACUCCGUCCACGCCAGACCUUGCCCGAAGGUGCCGCAGCGCUCAAAGCUGCGCAGGUGCUGGAACGACGCUUGCUCGCGGUGUCGGUACCUCGUUCUGUGCAACAGCAGAAAUAGCGUUGGGUUUCACGGCUUCGCGUCGCGGAAUCUUCUCUUCACACCCCUUUAUAUUUUAGCGGGCUUGAAUAGUGCUUCUUUCUUUUAAAAAGGCGGGCAGAGCACUGCGUUUAGAGGCUGAUUUCCGCCUUUCUCCAACGAGUCACAGAUGUCCGUGCGUGUGCGCGGGUCACACUGCACGCGCCAGGCGCUCCGUGCACGCGCGUUCCAACGCGAAAGUUCGGGUUUUGUCUCUCCGUUCGUCGAAUUUUCCGCGGAGCAGUCGAUGGAACCCGAGUCUGCCCUGAGUGUGCCGCGAUCUUUCAUUUGGAAUUCGUGUCAUUUUCGGGCGAAAUUGCGGCGAGUCCUGCGGCUCACUGACACAGUCGUGUCUGAGGUGUAUGUACAGCUGCAGUGUGUCAGCUCCGACUCGCGUUCGUGUUCAACAUCCUUUUUCGAGUAGCAGCACGUUUCUAUACCGAAACUGGGGUGCAUUCGUAGUUGCUCAGCAUGCAUUAUCAUUUGAACGAGCUUCUUUUGUUUGCGGCGCAUUCUUCACCGCGUGGAGUUUCGUCGUGCAGUUUUGCAACACCCCUGGGCUCCUGCGGUCAACUAACGUCGACUUUCAAGAGCAGGAAUUCAGUGAGGCUCGUGGAGCCACGUGAAUCGCAUCGAACACAUUUAUCGCCGUCUCUUUUGUAGGGUGUCUUCGUGCCGACACUUUUGUUUGUACACAUGUAUUUGUUCUCCAACGCCGCUUCUGCCGCACAGUGAUUUCCGAGAGUCAACUCUUUAUAGCGACUCUGUUGUCCGGCGCGGCCACAAUGAAUCCUCGUCCUUUUCCGCCGUGUUGGCGGGAGCCCUUCUCGAUUUUGUCAUGAUUUAUACUGUGAUUGUACCUGGUUUCUUGUAGCGUAGGUUUUGUUUGUGGAGCGCUUUUCUCUGGAUGAGGUGCGCUAAAAACGUAGUGGCGGUCCCUGCAUCGACCGAAAGGUCAUUUUCCGCCUCCAAGUGAUCUUUUUUGCAUCCCAGUCUCCAUCGAGACCUCAACUUUACUGGCGAAUCUUUCGCCAGAACCAUCCACUCCGUCAAUCUGGAGCUGUCUCCUGAAGAAAUAUUCCAUUUGUUUCGCGCCUGAGCUUCCCUCCUCUCUGCCUCGUGUGCAUCCUUCUUUCUUCCAGUCUCCCUUGUUUUCAAGUGCCCUUUCGGAUCUCGCUGUUUGCACCUCUCUCUUCCACGUCUGUCAUCUGGCCUUCUGCUCCCGUCUCUUAUUUCCGCCUUUCUCCACUCUACUGUUUUUCCGUCUUUCUCUCGGCGUCCGCCUCCCCUUCCUUCUCUUCCCUUUCAUUUUCAAAAUGCUUCCUGUAGCUUACAUGUCGACGGUGCCGGUGGCCGGCGUUUCACACGCAGCGGCGGCUUCCGAGCAGCCGGCCUCCACGGUGGUGGCAGAAAGCGCGUAUCCUGCGUUUCUUUCCUCCCUCGAGCCUACGGCUUCUUCCUCCUUUCCUGGAGUCUCUCUCGCCUCAGUCGCUUCUGCGCAUCUUGUCGCAUCCUCUGCGACUCUUGUGAGGUCCAACAGUCUCCAGGCACAAAGCAACGCGUCAUCGGCGGCUCCAUACGCGUCGCAUGCAAGUGGUUGGGGCGUCUCGCGCCGAAGCGUCGGCGGCUCGGCCUAUACGCAGCCAAUCGUGUCUUCCGGAGACUCAGUCGCCUCGACCUCACUUCUGCCUGGCCGGCGCGCGUCCGUGGGUUUCUCCUUCGCGCCUGCGGCCGUCGCCCCGACCCGGCAGAUGUCUGUACAGUCCGGCAACAGCGACGGGAGCCGCCGUCGCUCAGCUUCUUCGGCUUCUCCCCCCAGCACUGAGGCGUCUCGGAGGCUCUCGACGGGCGCCGGAGAAGACGCAGGCGCUCGCGCUUCUCGCCUCGACUCGCAGGUCGUGUGGACGCCUCUGCAGACCCCCCUGGAGUUCGUUGAAGUCAACCGGGGUCGGCGCCGCAGGUCGGCGGCUUGCGCCUCGCACAGCAACUCGAUUUGCUCGCGAACUCGACACGAAGUCGCCCUCCAAGCUGUCGCAUCUCCGGUUUUCCCAGUCAUCCAACAAGGCCCCCGAGACCGCAGCAAUGACGGUCAGCUCGUUCGCCACGCCGUCCGCCGAUCCUCGGCGCGCGACUCCGUGAGAGACAGGAGCCUCGCGAGCGAAGACCGAGAGGGGAACCGGCGUCUGUCUGCAGGACCUGGCAGCUCUAUUUCAGGGACUCUGCGAUCGCGGCGGGUGUCUGUUGACUCUGCGCUUUCCGCGCAAGCAAGUCACGCAAGCGGUCGGGUGAGGAACCCGUCCCGAUCCAGACUUCCCCACGAGCAAAACCAUGUGUCUUCCUCCCUCCCCCCAUUGCCGCCUCUCGGCCUAGGUAUGUCCAGCGGCCUCAUCCACGCCUCUGCUUCUCCUUCUGGACCCGCCUUCUGUCUCAUCUCCCAUCGGCCAGUCCCCUCUUCUCUCACUUCUCUCUCCUCUUCUGUGGCUCCUCUGCAUGCGUCUCUGCACUUCCAGAGCGUGGAGGACAGGCGCCAGAUGUGCGCUCGCGCAGCAGAGGCGCGGGCAAACGGCGGUGGGGCUUCAGAGGAGGGCGCGAGACAGGACGGUCGCGAUCCUAGCGUCCUAUCUGUCGUCCCCGCAGAGUCUGUUCCUCGAUUGGCGGAGGUCUCCUCGGAGACUCGCGACAGUCGAGAGAGACGCCUGCCCAGAGAUACAGAAGGGGAUGCACACGGGGCUCGGAUCCUCAGGCGGCGGAUCCAGAUGCAGACGCCGGCGGCGGCUUUGUUGGCGGCGGCGGAGGCGAGCCGCGAGGACCCGCGGAGACAGUCCGGAGAGACAGGAGGGCGCGGGGAGAGCCGCAGAAACAGUCGCGAGCGGGAGGCGUCUUCUCGUCAGCGGUCGCAUGCAUCGCGGCGACGCAGUGGCGAGGCGCGGGGCCCUCUGGGGAUCAUCGGGGGUCAUUCCCAGGGGGCUUCUGUCUCGCCUCGCCCUCCUGCGGAGACUACGAGUCUCCACAAUGUCCCUCACCCUACGGCGCCUUUGCGGAACUCGAUUCCACCUGCUCCGACGCAAGUAGCUCUUUCAAGCGGACCUGGUGCGGUGGCCCAACGUGUCUACGAGCCCUCAGGGGGAACGUCGCGAUUCCGGAGACACUCUGUGAUGUCUGCCUCGGGCGCUUCAACUCUCUCCCGCCUCGCGGGAGGCGCAGGGUGGAGCCCAGCGCCUGUCGCGUCCCAGGCCUUUCCAGAGGCCUCCGCGGCGGACGUGAGAAGCUCAGAGGCGUCGCCGAGCGUCCCCGACAGGCAGGAGCCUCGAAGCCUCGGCGCGCUUCUCUACCCCUUCUUCGGUUUUCCAGAUGGGCCUUGGAGACACCUGCAGGAGACACACAUGCAUGCAGUUCUCGCUGCCCACGCAGAGGCGAGCGACCAUGCGGAGCCUCGACGUCGCGAGUCGAGAGACCCAGCGACGAGUCGUGGAGAGGAACGCCGAAGUCGCGAGGCUCCGCUGAGCCAGGUCCAGCGCAUGUUCGUCAACCAGGAAGGCGGCUUCUCUCUCCUUCCAGUGGCUUCGCAGAGGAGUGCCAUGCGGGGAGCCUUGACAGACAGGGGAGUUGUGGCGACCGAGGACGCAGGCGAAGGCUCCGGGGUCGACUUCGCCCCAGUCGCCUUCCUCCCUGCCUUCACAGUCGUAUCAGACGGUUCCGUCGUCGUCGAGAGCCACCCACCGGAGCAGUUUGUGCAUGUGCGCCAUGCCUUGGUUCCCGGUGCGCAUGCAGACGUCGAGAGCCAACAGCGGGGACUCUCUCCGAGAAUUCUGCAGUGGCUUCCGGAAGAGGCGUUCGAUUCACGACUCGGAGCCCGCAUGCGCGAAGAUCUGCGCGAGUGCCCCAUCUGCCGAAUGGAAUACGAAGACGCAGAGCGACUUCGCCGCCUCCCUUGUCUUCACGCUUUCCACUCGGAGUGCGUCGAACGGUGGCUAAGAGAACACACAAGCUGUCCGCUUUGCCGCUUCGAGGUUCUGAAUGGACUGCGUUGGGACGUCGUCUCGACGCCCUCGACUUCUCGCCAGCGCUCCGGAUCGACUCCUGCGAAUCUCGCUUCCUCUGGACGCUCUCCUGGAGCGUCUGUCUCCAAUCCUACCCCUUCUCCGUCCCCUGGCGCCGUCUCUCAGUCCUCUUCUUCACCUGACGCUUCCUCUUCUUCUUCAUCUGGCGCUUCCUCUUCUUCUUCAUCUGGCGCUUCCUCUUCUCCUUCUUCAUCUGGCGUUUCUUCUUCUUCAUCUGUCGCUUCUUCUUCUUCAUCUGUCGCGUCCUCUUCUUCUUCAUCUGUCGCGUCCUCUUCUUCUUCAUCUGUCGCUUCUUCUUCUGGUGUCUCUUCCUCGGGUGGGUUGUCUUCGUCUUGUGCAGCUUCCUCUUCCCGCGCUGCGUCGUAUGUUUCCUCUUCUGCGUCCUCCAACUCGCCGGUCGCCUCCACUGUCCCCGGAGGACAGAGAGGAGAGACAAGCGUCGUGGACACUGAUUCGGUCUCUGUUUUCUCGUCGUCCUCUCCGUCGGCGCCUUCCGCUUCACUCCUCUACUUCGUGCGUCCGGCUUCGAUGAACAUUCCGCAGUCUCCGCGUUCACCUGUGUCGAUCAAAGACCAAGGCGAAUCAACAUGUCUUCCUUCCUCCGCUUCUACCUCUGUCACUUCAGUCUCUUCUUCCUCAUCUCUUUCCUCUUCUACCUCUGUCACUUCAGUCUCUUCUUCCUCAUCUCUUUCCUCUUCUACCUCUGUCACUUCAGUCUCUUUUUCCUCAUCUCUUUCCUCUUCUACUUCUUCUUCCCCUUCAUCCUCAUCGCUUUCCUCUUCGACGUCUUCUUCCCAUUCUUCGUCCUCACUUCUUGCGUCUCCAGCUUCCUCGUCUUCGCUUUCUUCUUCAUCUUCUUCUGCCUCAAAUGUUUUUCUGGACACACGCACCGUGACGCCUGCAGCGUCCGUCGCUUGGGCUCAAAUGAAGAUGAGCUGGGAACUGGACAGACCCGCGUCUCCAGAGCCUCUUGCUUCCUCAUCAGAGUCUCGCUCUUCCUCCUCGCCUUCCCUCAAGAGAGGGGGAGAGACAGCUGUCUCCCCUGUCUGCGAAAAGGCUGAGGAGAGUCGAGUGGCGAGGGAAGAGACAGAGGUCGCGAGUGCCGAAGAGGGAGGGAGAAGCGAACCUUCUUCUCUUUCAGUGCAUGCAUCAGUGGAUCUUGGGCCUCCCCAAGCGUUUCAGUCUUCAAAUGGUGAUGCUUUCUCUCUGUAUCCGCCAGGCGACCAGAGACACGUGGAAGAUGCAGCUGCAGAAAUCUCCUCUUGUCCGUCGAUCGCCACCGAGCAUCUGUCGCUCUCUCUCUCCUCCGCGGAUCACUCGCCCCUCGAGGCCCGUGAGGUGUCUAGACACCCGACCGCGCAUGCAGUCACCUCUACUCUGGAGCGCUCAACUCGCCUCGCGGUCAAGCGACAGACCCGCGGAGAAGAGAGGGGAGAACGAGGGGAAAAAGAGAGAGAAGAGCGCCAUCUAGGAAGCAGUCCUGGAGGCUCGACGGAGGGCAAGUCCUCGGCGAAUGUGGAGAAGAGGGGGAAAGAGAAAGCCUUGUUGGAAGUUAGGGUGGCGGCAAGAAACGCAGUGGAGUGCUCUUCGUCGGUGUUACUCCUGGAAAAAGAACCGGAAGAUUCAACGCUGACGCAGAGGCUCUCCUCUGACUCCAGUGCCUCUUGGGGGACUUCGCUCGUACAGCGCUACGUGAGACCUUCAACCUUGCCUCAAAGGUUCAUGCGUUCUCGCCCCUGUCCUCCCGCAGCCGUCCUUCUGUCUCCUCGCGAAGAGGAGAGUUUGGAGCGCGAAGCGAAUGCAAAGAUCGAAAAACCACACGACAGUCGCGGGCAAGACUCGUUUCAGAGAGGCGAGGAAGACACACGCAGAGAAGCGCAUGCCCGAAAAGCCUUCCAGAGCCAAGCUGGAGACCCGUCAGAGGCGCGAAAAGACGAGACAACUUCUCUCCAGUGCUCCUGCUCUGGGAUAGACUCGACUGGCAAGUUCCUCAACAUGCAAUACACACGAACUGAAGAGGAUGACGAGACCGAAGAAGAAGAAGAAUACGAAGGUGAAGAAGUGGAUGACGAAGCCGCGAGGGGAGACGAGGUCGACGGAGGAGACUAUGAAAAAGAAGUGUAUGAUGAACAGGGAAGAGAAGACGAGGCUGAUGAAGAGGAAUACGGAGACGAAGAAGUGUAUGAUGAACAGGGAAGAGAAGACGAGGCUGAUGAAGAGGAAUACGGAGACGAAGAAGUGUAUGAUGAACAGGGAAGAGAAGACGAGGCUGAUGAAGAGGAAUACGGAGACGAAGAAGUGUAUGUUGAACAGGGAAGAGAAGACGAUGCUGAUGGAGAGGACGACGAAGAUGAUGAAGAAGAAUGUGACGAAGAGGAGAGCGAACGAGAGCCAGCAGAGACGUUCGGAAAGGGGCGCCUGGUGGGUUAUCCUGUGAGUUGGGCAAUUGACUCAGAGAAAAUCAAAAGCGAAAGCAACAUUUUUUCUCUUGCAUGCAGUCCGUCGCACCUGUCUCUGGAGAAGGCCCACCGGAGAGACUCAGUCUCUCACCAGAGAGCGGUCUCUUCUUAUCGACGAGAAGAGAGAUGAGGAAAGCGAUCAAGAAAGAGAGGAUUUGUGUGCACGCUUUUGAAACGUAAAGGGCCUUUUGUUCUCGCAGAAACGGGAGUCUUCGUCGCCAACAAAUGUAGUGUUCACCAGUACAGAAAGGGAGAAAGAAGCAGUCGGAUCGGUGAGAUAUCCUGCAUGCAAAGAGGCAAGACACCUCGAGAAAGCCUUUGUUCACUGUAUCACCCCCCGCCUUUUCUGCGAACGAGACGAGGAGAGAUCUGUUGUGCGGAACAAGAAACCUCUGAGGCGAAGCGAGCGCGCUGACCAAGAGAGAAAAUGUUGUCUUUGGGGGGGCGUCGUGUCCAAGUGAAAAGAAAAAAAAAGAGGGAAGAAGGAAAAGGGUGAACGUCUGUGCUCGUGCAGACACAAACAUGCUUCACCUUGUUCUGAAAAGAUACGUGUCCCACGGUAAACUCCAGAGAGAGACCGUGAGCCUGCUCGCCAGAGAGAAGAAGCAGAACCGAAAACGCGUAAAAAAGCAGACGACUCAGGAGAGCGGGAUGCAACAAAAGUGCAAGAUUCCUUUGUCUCCCCCGAUGCCCUCUCCAAAUAUGUCUCCGAAACAUGGGGAGACCAUCUCUGUUUCUCAAUCUCGCGUAGAUGCGCCGAAGCUCCACAUCUUCCCACGUCCACAUAUACACAAACACAGCUAUAUUAUAUAUAUAUAUACAUAUAUUCAUAUACAUAUAUAUACAUAUAUAUACAUAUAUAAAUGUAUAUACCACGUAUGUUUCCAUACUUCUAUAUCGGUACAUAGAUGUAUGUAUCGAUAUCAACGCGUGCUGCUGCCACACAUCUUCCCUUCUACAAUGGUACGUAUGCACACACAUACGUAUAUAUAUAUAUAUAUGUAAUAAUGCGUAUAUAUAUAUAUAUAUAUAUGUAUUCGUACUCCUUUGCAUGCAUAUAUGUUUAUAUGUAUACAUAUAUUUUACAGAGGACCACAGCAAAUAAGAGGUCACGAAACCAUGAGAGCACAACCCCGUCGGAGAGCUGCACAUGUGCUGCGGGAGUUUUUGGAGAAGGAUUGGAGUCCACCAACUAGCGGCCCUUCGAGCAUGCAUGCAUCAAAGAAAUGCACGCUGAGUUUCUCGUUCACCGCAAAGCAGGCACUUUAUCGCACUUCAGAUGUUUGCGACUUUAAAUGUAUUCCACAUUGGUUGCGAUCACAUAUCGUUCACAAGCGCAGAAAAUUUAUUGCUUCGUUGAUUUCCGAAGAUCUCGGCUAGUCGCUCAGGCGUGUGUUUCUCCCUCUGGACAUGCUCGUGAUCCCAGGUGUGCACGGUGAUGCGCGCUUUUUUUUCUGUGUUUCGGAAUGUACAACUGAAGGCGAAAAUUAUAAUGCUGUCUUCCAUGGCUUGUUCUCCACGUCGCGUACUGCUGUAGCAAAGAUCAAGG